CCUUGCUGGUUCAAAAAUCAAAAGAUGAAAAAGUAGCAGAUACGCAGAAGCACGUGUUGGGUCGAGCCAAACAAAGUUGGACGUAUUUGAGUGUAGCUCCUUCAAGCCUCUAUUUCCGUGUUUUUUAAAUGAUGAAUUUUAGAUUUCUGUGCCCAGAAUUUUCUUGGUCUAAGGACAUUUUCGUGUCCUUUAAUAAAUUGAUUGAAGCCUCACUGAAAAAUGAAGACUUCCGGGAGCAACUUGAAGAGUUAAUUAUUCGGUCGGUCAGGUCAAUCAGAAAAGAGAUUGUAAAUAUCCAAUCUUUGCCAAAUCUAAAUACCUGCAUAAGUCUACUGAAAGAGUUUAUUAGUAAUUUGAACGAAGUUCACAGCUCCUCUGUAGAGGCAAUACCAGAUUUUGAUAUUAAGAUUACACCAUUGUUCUCAAAGUAUGCUGAGUUGGUAGUGUUCCAAUCACGGCAAGCUGAAUCGCAAAAAGAGUAUGAACUCCAAGUUUGUAAUUUUCUGAAUAGUUUGUCAAUGCAUCCUUCCCUAUGUAUGACUACACGUCAGCGUUCUGCAGCAAUUUUGCAAAGAUUGCUGUGUGAUGAAGUCACAGAACCUGUAGAGCUGGAAGUAUCACACUGCAAUGCCGUUGGAACACAAAAAUCAGCUGAAGACUCCAAAAAAGAAAGUAAACAAAUAAAAGAAGACAUGAAUUAUCUCGAGCAUUUCGACGAAAAAGAAAAUGGAAGCCACGCUGAAAAUAACCAUAAAAAUGAGGAAAGAAAAAAUGACAACCAUGUAAAUAGCGAACCUUCCGCUAUACCCGAAACACCGUUAAAGUCAUCACAACCUGUUUGCAUAGGAGUGGCUUCCAUAAGGGGUAUAAUGCCUCUUUCAGCUGGAUGCUUGUUUCCUCUGACGCCUCCUGCAACCGAGCCCAUUGAUACUGGCGUACCCUCUAAGCCUCAAACCGAAAUUGUACCAAUUUUUCCAACUCCGUCACAGACGCCGCUUGCCGAAUUUCAAAAAUCACUCCGUUUACGCUUUCCUACACCGUUUGUCAUAACUCCAACCGAGAAACGAAUGCGCCGGAAUGUCUUGCGUACCAUUCGAUCUCAUCAUCGGCCCCAGCCAUCUUCUUGGAGCGUCGUUGAAACUAGAUCACCCACUCGUUCCUGUAACCUUAGGAAACAGUUAUUUCUUGACACUGACUCGUGUCAAAGCUCUGCCCACUCUUCAUCAAGUCAGUUGGCUUUAUAUCUUUCUCCGGAUGACGAAAAACAUUCCACACAAUCUUUUUCAUGUGACGAUACUUUGAAUUAUAUCGAAGAAAACAAAUUGAGCCAAAAGAAUUUGACGUCGGUGGAGAACUAUCCCAAAUCACCGACUCAAGAAAGGCACGAAGAAAGCUAUACUGAACUGAAAAAGUCGAUCGAAGGUAACCUUAUGGGAUGCGAAGCUAGCCUAUCUGAUGUUGAGCUGAUGGAUGAAAUAGAGUCAGGACUCAAUCCAGACGAUGGCGUACUUUUUAUUGAUCCUGAAUCACUAACAGCAAAACAAGAUAACGACGCAAAGAUUGAACAUCUCUUGCCGGUAACAGCAUCCACCAUUUCCCAAGAUGAACGGGUCACGAAGGCAUCCGUUUCUUUCGUGUUUAAGAAAACGCCAACCCGAUCGCCAGAACAGCAGUUGGAACGUAGGAGGAGCUCAAGAUUGGCUAGCAAACCUUUGCCUUUGAAAUUUACGAGUGAAUCGCUUCCUGUUCGAAGACUUAAUAUCAAGAAAAGUCCUCUCAAACGGGUGCCAUCCGGCGAGGAAGAGGGGGAUGUUCUAUUCCCUCUGAACAAAAAAUCGCUUUCCGAAACCAUUUACGACCUGCCGAAACAACUUUCAGAGACGCAGCCAUUUAUUAUCGAAACUAUCGCUGCACAAAAUUUAACUGACCUUCCCAAGCUUGUAAGCUGGCCAAAAAUACGUCUUCAAAUCCCAUCUUGUUGGGCGGAUAUAAUUGAAAAACACGUCAAACAUCAUCAUCCGGAUGACAUGAUUAAGUUCCAAGAAGAUUCCGGUUCACGCUGGCCAACUGUUUAUUGCAACUGUGCUCAAGCCAAACAAGGUUAAUUUUUACUAAACUGAUGUAGGCUCUUAGAAAGUAAUCUUUUGGUGCAAACCACGAACAAUUAUAAGAAGAAAAUGUGUACCAUUUAUUGUAUUCAAUAUCCUUUCGUUCAAAAGAAGUGUGUACCGUUAUUCGGUUUUAUGUUUUAUUUAACUUUUAUAUUUUCUCCCUUUUCCCAAUUGAACUGUUAUGGCUUAAGUUUAAAAAGAAAGUUUUUUUACACAAAAUUUGACUUUGUGUACGACUUGGUUUCGUUUCAACUCAGAAUCAGAAGGUUUUUCUUUCAUCAUGUUGUGUUUUGUGUGUUUGAAAUACAUGAAAGUGGCAACGUC